CGCUCCGUCACAGUCUCGCUUUGCCCGCUGACAAUGGCGGCCGCUACUUUGGCUCUCGGAUUAGCUGUGGCUCUGUUGGCCACCGGAAAUGGCCAACAGCAGCAGCAAGUGGCCAACCAUAAGCAGUCGCAUCUCUGGCUUGACUGCUCCUGCCUGCAUGCCACCGAUCGGAAUGCCACCCAAUGGGGCACGUUGGCCAUUAACGCCAGCCAGGCGAUGGGAGCCAAGAACAACUGCCUGAUGAUCUUCGUCGGGGGAAUGGACGGCGAGCUGGUGGCCUUUCAGCUCGAGCAGUUGCAGCUGCGCCCCGGCUGUUUGGACAGCGUGGACGUCUUUCCCUAUUUGCGGGAGCCCGUCAUCGAGAACGCGACUCUGGCGGCGGACACCUUUUGCCAGCACAGCCGGAACCGCAGUGCCACGCCUAUUUAUAGCGCCGGUCGAUUGCUCGGCCUACGCCUCCGGUUUCAGCAGCCGCCCACCGGCGACCCGGCCAAAUGGAACUUGACCCUAACCGCCAGCUAUCGAUUUCUGAAGCGAGAAAACUUCCGUACGGAUGGCCGGUUGGUGCCGCACAGCUUCUGCGACUUCUACUUCUUCGCCAAGUUGGCCGGCGAGGAGGGAAAUCUGGGACAGGGCUACUUCCACUCCCCCCAGUUUCCCGCCCACUAUCCGGCUCACAUAAAGUGCGCCUACAAGUUCAUCGGUCGGCCGGACACCCAUGUGGAGAUCCUGUUCGAGGAGCUGCAACUGCCGCCGGUGGCCAGUGGAGGAUGCCAGUUGGAUGCAAUUACUCUCUUCGAUGCCGAGUCCGCUCACAUGAGCUCGGUCAUCGAUGUACUCUGCUCGAGUCGUCCCACCCGAAAACUAGUGAGCACUGGUCCCGAUCUUCUCCUGGAGUUUAAUGCCAGUUCCAAUCGCACGGCCAAAGGAUUCCGGGGGAAAUUCAAGUUCGUGCAAAAUGAGUUGGGUGCUCCAGAGUUGACCCCUCCACCGCCGGCUGUUUUGGAGGCAGCCAGUGUGGCGGUGAAGCAGGAAAAACUACAGCAACAACAGGCCUUCGCCGCCAAGGCCAACAGUCUGCCGACGGAUGUGGAGCUGUCGAAGCCAGGACGCUCAUUUGAACAAUGCAAGCAGAUUUUCGAUUCACGAGUAAACAAGUCCGGCACUUUCGAUUCUAAUCAGCUGUUGAAUGCUAAACACGCACUCGGCGGCGUGUUAAUUGGCGGCUCGAGAGUUCUGCAAUGCCGUUACGAAUUUGAAGCCCAGCCGCCAGAACGAGUGCAGAUUAGAUUCCACGACUUUAACGUACCCACGGAACAUGAGAAUUCCACGGGUUGUCAGCCGGGCGAUGCCCUCCAUGUGGUCACCGAGGUGCGCGGACGAUACGAGACGCAGGAACUCCUCUGCGGCGCCUUUUUGCCAAAGCCCCUGAUGUCUAGUGGAUCAAAUUUGCACCUACAGUUCGUCGGAAAAUAUCCACCCGCCAUGACCAAUAAGGUUCAGUACUACGGAUUUCGCGCAGAGUAUCGCUUUCUAACCAAUUAUGGCAUCAUGUCCGGCGUGCAAAAAGAUGAUUGUUCUUUCGUCUACAAUAGCAGCGAGCGAAUAAGUGGCCUCUUUCACUCCCCAAAUUUUCCUGGCUAUUAUCUGGAAAACGUGGUGUGCAAUUAUUAUUUCUACGGAGCCAGUGAUGAAAAAGUAGUGCUGCAUUUCACCUACUUUGAUGUCGAAGGCAUUGGAACUUGUGACCACCAGACUGCCAGUGACUAUAUAGAGUUUUCGAAUUUUAUGAGCACGGAUCGGAAGUACAGCAGAUAUUGCGGAAGGCUACCAGAUUUUGAAAUGCGUUCGGACGGGCGCUUCUUUCGCGUUACCUUGCAUUCAAAUGAUCGAUUCGUGGCCAUAGGGUUUCGCGCCCUAUACACAUUUGAAACCAUUCCACUAAAUAAUUCUAUACCGGAUCUGCGAGAUAAUGCCUCCAUGCAGAGCUUCGUCUCUUCAGCUUCAUCCUUCUCGGUUAUUGACUUAUCAAAGUUGAUAUUUUGUUUAUCUUAUAUUUAUAUAAAAUUCCAAUAAAGAUAUUACAGUUUAAAAGAGAA